AUGGGUGGACUACAAUCAACGCUAGCACAGACACCCCCACCACCCCCACCAAAGAAGGGUAAGAGAGAUAUGACAUAUAGGUCAAAUACAGUCAACCCCUGAUAGUGAAUAUCAGGUGUGAGUGCAAAUUCUGUUCAAGCACAGUGCAUCAGUCCCAAUUAUUUUUACUUGUUCUGGGAAUCUGCAUUCACCAUUUUAGCGCAUGCAUUGACCACAGCCCCAAGGCAUUACAUAUAUAGUACAUACCCUGUGUCAUUGACUGUAGCCUACUCUCAUUAAAUAUGUGUAAUUGUAAUCAAAAUCUUCAAAUUCUUUUGAAAGUAAGAGAUGGGGGGUAUUGGAAUGUGGAAAACAAUAAUUAAGUUAAUUUAAUCAAAAUGUGUUCCAUGUGUGUCACACAGAAUUUGACCAACAAUGGAGGAAAACAUGUUGGAGGUAAGUACUGUACUGACAGACCAAAUAUGGAGGAUGAAGGAGAAAGAGAGUGAAAGUCAAAUGGACGUUUUGGUUAUCAUUACAAUCACUAUCAAGGGUUGUGUUGUGUGAAUAGUGUACUAUGCUAAAUUGCUGAUAUCAGUUUUCCCACCAUCUUAAAUCAGUUAAGUCCUGGUGUAAUCUUGAUGCAAUUUCCCUGUACAUAAUUAUAAGCAGUCCACGGCCACUGUUUUGCAUAGAAUCUGUGCCACAAAUGCUAAAAGGUUAGCAUUUGGAAACAGUGGCCAGGUAAACAAAACAAGAAGUAACAGGUACUCUAUAUUGUCUCUGACAGUAAAGGAGAGAGAGACCACAUGGUGGAUAAACUGAGGAGCUUUAAAGUGAGUGAUCCUGACGUGGGUCAGCUCAGAUGCCUGCUAUAUGGACCAGUCGGUGCUGGAAAGUCCAGCUUCAUCAACUCAGUCAACAAUGUCUUCCAAAAUCGGACAACAGGUGGUGCCCUGGUAGCUGCUAGCUCUGGCACAAGCUUCACCACGACAGUAAGCUGCAGUGCCUAAUACAUUUAACACAGACACAAUGCAGGCAUGGGAUAUGGCUCCCUAAUAUAUCCUGGUACACUAAGACAUACAGUAUUUAAUGAGCUACAAACAGGCAGAACAGAGACAUGAAGAGGGACUUAUAGAAACAAAGAGAGGUUGUUUGCGCUCUUUUAAAUGCAAAACGUAGUCAAUCACAGGGGCGUAGGUUUGAAAAAGUAGGAUCAUGGAAAGGAUAGAUACAAGCAGACUGUUGGAAACAUCUAAAAUGGAGACUCAGAUGCACAAAUGUAUAUAAUUUAUAUAUUUUUAUAUCAAAAGGUGCAUAAUGAAAAGGAUCAAGACAAAUGAAAGCACACAAAUCUGUCUAUAAAUAAAAUAUAAAUGAGUUGAUUACAUCACAUAAUCAAGCCUAGAUAAAUGCAAAGGAUGUAACUAAGAAAUGGGUUCCUUGAGUUCCUUGACUUCAUCGCAGUGCUAGGUGCGUCACUAUAGACCAGGGUUUGACCCCGGCUGUAUCACAACCGGCCGUGAUCGGGAGUCCCAUAGGGUGGCGCGCAAUUGGCCCAGUGUCGUCCGGCUUAGAGGAGGGUUUGGCCGGGGUAGGCCGUCAUCGUAAAUAAGAAUUUGUUCUUAACUGACUUGCCUACUAGUUCAAUAAAAUAAAAUAAAAACUACACAGUAGAACACAAAGUAGAAAUGUUAAAUUAUGUAUUCUACUGCUUAGUUACAUCCUUUGACUUAAAAACCGAAACGUUGGUCUUGCAUUUCUACUUUAUGCACCUUUUUGCACAUUUCGGGGCAAUGUGCCCUAAAUAAAUUAUAUAUCUUCUGUAUAACACCGCUACCUUGUCACAACACAACUGGUUGGCUCAAACGCAUUAAGAAGGAAAGAAAUUCCACAAAUUAACUUUUAACAAGGCACACCUGUUAACUGAAAUACAUUCCAGGUGACUACCUCAUGAAGCUGGUUUAGAGAAUGCCAAGAGUGUGCAAAGCUGUCAUCAAGGCAAAGGGUGGCUACAAAAUAUAACAUAUAUUUUGAUUUGUUUAACACUUUCUUUUGGUUACUACAUGAUUCCAUAUGUCAAAAUAAAGAAAAACCCUUGAAUGAGUAGGUGUGUCAAUUCAAAUAUAAAUAUAAAAUAGACACACACACACACAACAUUUACACUAGGAACAGCUUUCUACUAUUGUGUUGCACCCCCUUUUGUCCUCAAAACAGCCUUCAUUCAUCGGUGUAUGGACUCUACAAGGUGUCGAAAGCGUUCCACAGGGAUGCUGGCCCAUGUUGACUCCAAUACUGGAUGUUGGCUGGAUGUCCUUUGGGUGGUGGACCAUUCUUGAUAUACACGGGAAACUGUUGAGCGUGAAAAACCCAGCAGCGUUGCAGUUCAUUACACAAACCGGUGCGCCUGGCACCUACUACCAUACCCCGUUCAAAGGCACUUAAAUCUUUUGUCUUGCCCAUUCACCCUCUGAAUGGCACACAUACACAAUCCAUGUCUCAAUUGUCUCAAGGCUUGAAAAUGAUUCUUUAACCUGUCUCCUCCCCUUCAUCUACACAGAUUUAAGUAGAUUUAACAAGUGACAUCAAUAAAGGAUCAUAGUUUUAACCUAUCAUGGAAAACUCAGGUGUUCCUAAUGUUCUGUACGCUCUGUGUAUAUAUUUGUUGACUCUGAGCCUCAGUUUGGGAUCUUUUUCAUGUUUCCGAGUGUGAGGGUAUCUAUCCUUUCCAUAGAAAAAAAACGAUCAAUGUUAUUAAAUAAACCAUUUAUUUUCAGUAUGACACACACUACAUUCAAGGCCGUUCAGGAGAAAAACGUCUUCCCUUUGCAUUCAAUGAUGUCAUGGGUCUGGAAACACAAAAAAAUGGGUUGCACACUGAUGACAUCAUCAAUGCUCUGAAGGGCCAUCUACCAGAGGGCUAUGAGGUAAUUCAGAAGUCACACACACACACAGACACACACACACACACACACACACACACUAACAAAUCUUAUCUUUUCUUGGCCAGUUCAACCCUUUCCACCCAUUAUCGGACAAAAAAAAAGAAUUCAUUCAAAAUCCCAGCUUUAGUGACAAAACUCACUGCCUGGUGAGUAUUGUGACAGCCGACAAAAUCUCUCUCAUGUCAAAGGAUGUCAUAGACAAGAUGAAGAACAUCAGGGCAGAAGCCAGUAGACUGAGUAAGUAAGAUCUUUAAACUCUCUACGUUUCUCAAUGGUAACUGCAACUAUGGCUGGGUAUCAAUUGACACCUUUCAGCUGCAGCUCUUGACUAUUACAUGAUACAGUGUUACUUACAGUGCAUUAGGAAAGUAUUCAGACCCCUUGACUCUCUCCACAUUUUGUUAUGUUUCUGCCUUAUUCUAAAAUGGAUGAAAUUGUUUUCCCCCCUCAAUAACCCAUAAUGACAAAGCAAAAACAGGUAUUUAUAAAUCUUGGCAAAUGUAUUAAUAUAAAAAAUUGAAAUAUCACAUUUACAUACAGUGGGGAAAAAAAGUAUUUAGUCAGCCACCAAUUGUGCAAGUUCUCCCACUUAAAAAUAUGAGAGAGGCCUGUAAUUUUCAUAAUAGGUACACAUCAACUAUGACAGACAAAAUGAGACAAACAUUUCCAGAAAAUCACAUUGUAGGAUUUUUAAUGAAUUUAUUUGCAAAUGGAGGAAAAUAAGUAUUUGGUCACCUACAAACAAGCAAGGUUUCUGGCUCUCACAGACCUGUAACUUCUUCUUUAAGAGGCUCCUCUGUCCUCCACUCGUUACCUGUAUUAAUGGCACCUGUUUGAACUUGUUAUCAGUAUAAAAGACACCUGUCCACAACCUCAAACAGUCACACUCCAAACUCCACUAUGGCCAAGACCAAAGAGCUGUCAAAGGACACCAGAAACAAAAUUGUAGACCUGCACCAGGCUGGGAAGACUGAAUCUGCAAUAGGUAAGCAGCUUGGUUUGAAGAAAUCAACUGUGGGAGCAAUUAUUAGGAAAUGGAAGACAUACAAGACGACUGAAAAUCUCCCUCGAUCUGGGGCUCCACGCAAGAUCUCACCCCGUGGGGUCAAGAUGAUCACAAGAACGGUGAGCAAAAAUCCCAGAACCACACGGGGGGACCUAGUGAAUGACCUGCAGAGAGCUGGGACCAAAGGAACAAAGCCUACCAUCAGUAACACACUACGCCGCCAGGGACUCAAAUCCUGCAGUGCCAGACGUGUCCCCCUGCUUAAGCCAGUACAUGUCCAGGCCCAUCUGAAGUUUGCUAGAGUGCAUUUGGAUGAUCCAGAAGAGGAUUGGGAGAAUGUCAUAUGGUCAGAUGAAACCAAAAUAGAACUUUUUGGUAAAAACUCAACUCGUCGUGUUUGGAGGACAAAUAAUGCUGAGUUGCAUCCAAAGAACACCAUACCUACUGUGAAUUAUGGGGGUGGAAACAUCAUGUUUGGGGCUGUUUUUCUGCAAAGGGACCAGGACGACUGAUCCGUGUAAAGGAAAGAAUGAAUGGGGCCAUGUAUCGUGAGAUUUUGAGUGAAAACCUCCUUCCAUCAGCAAGGGCAUUGAAAAUGAAACGUGGCUGGGUCUUUCAGCAUGACAAUGAUCCCAAACACACUGUCCGGGCAACGAAGGAGUGGCUUCGUAAGAAGCAUUUCAAGGUCCUGGAGUGGCCUAGCCAGUCUCCAGAUCUCAACCCCAUAGAAAAUCUUUGGAGGGAGUUGAAAGUCCGUGUUGCACAGCGACAGCCCAAAAACAUCACUGCUCUAGAGGAGAUCUGCAUGGAGGAAUGGGCCAAAAUACCAGCAACAGUGUGUGAAAACCUUGUGAAGACUUACAGAAAACGUUUGAACUGUGUCAUUGCCAACAAAGGGUAUAUAACAAAGUAUUGAGAAACUUUUGUUAUUGACCAAAUACUUAUUUUCCACCAUCAUUUGCAAAUAAAUUCAUUAAAAAUCCUACAAUGUGAUUUUCUGGAUUUUUUUUCCUCAUUUUGUCUGUCAUAGUUGACGUGUACCUAUGAUGAAAAUUACAGGCCUUUUAAGUGGGAGAACUUGCACAAUUGGUGGCUGACUAAAUACUAUUUUUCCCCACUGUAAGUAUUCAGACCCUUUACUCAGUACUUUUUUGAAGCACCUUUGGCAGCGAUUACAGCCUCGAAUCUUCUUGGGUAUGACGCCACAAGCUUGGCACACAUAUAUUUGGGGAGUUUCUCCCAUUCUUCUCUGCAGAUCCUCUCAAGCGCUGUAAGGUUGGAUGGGGAGUGUUGCUGCACAGCUAUUUUCAGGUCUCUCCAAAGAUGUUCGAUCAGGUUCAAGUCUGGGCUCUGGCUGGGCCAAUCAAGGACAUUCAGAGACUUGUCCCGAAGCCACUCCUGCAUUGUCUUGGCUGUGGGCUUAGGGUCGUUGUCCUGUUGGAAGGUGAACCUUCGCCCCAGUCUGAGGUCCUGGAACAUGUUUUCAUCAAGGAUCUCUCUGUACUUUGCUCUGUUCAUCUUUCCCUCGAUCCUGACUAGUCUCCCAGUCCCUGCCGCUGAAAAACAUCCCCACAGCAUGAUGCUGCCACCACCAUGCUUCACCGUAGGGAUGGUGCCAGGUUUCCUCCAGAUGUGAUGCUUGGUAUUCAGGCCAAAGAGUUCAAUCUUGGUUUCAUCAGACCCGAGAAUCUUGUUUCUCAUGGUCUGAGGGUCUUUAGGUGCCUUUUGGCAAACUCCAAGCGGGCUGUCAUCUGCCUGAGGACUGGCUUCCGUCUGGCCACUCUACCAUAAAGGCCUGAUUGGUGGCGUGCUGCACAGAUGGUUGUCCUUCUGGAAGGUUCUCCCAUCUACACAGAGGAACUCUAGAGCUCGGUCAGAGAGACCAUCGGGUUCUUGGUCACCUGCCUGACCAAGGCCCUUCUCCCCCGAUUGCUGAGUUUGGCCAGGAGGCCAGCUCUAGGAAGUGUCUUGGUGGUUCCAAACUUCUUUCAUUUAAGAAUAAUAGAGGCCACUGUGUUCUUGUGGACCUUCAAUGCUGCAGAAAUGUUUUGGUAACCUUCCCCAGAUCUGUGCCUCGACACAAUCCUGUCUCUGAGCUCUACGGACAAUUCCUUUGACCUCAUGGCUUGGUUUUUGCUCUGACAUGCACUGUCAACUGUGAGACCUUAUAUAGACAGGUGUGUGCCUUUCCAAAUCAUGUCCAAUUAAUUGAAUUUACCACAGGUGGACUCCAAUCAAGUUGUAGAAACAUCUCAAGGAUGAUCAAUGGAAACAGGAUGCACCUGCGCUCAAUUUCGAGUCUCAUAGCAAAGGGUCUGAAUACUUAUGUAAAUAAAGUAUUUAUUUUAGUUUUACAUUAGUUUUACAUUUUUUAAAUAUUUAAUCAAUUUUAUAAUAAGGCUGUAACGCAACAAAAUGUGGAAAAAGUCAAGGGGUCUGAAUACUUUCCGAAGGCACUAUAUGUUAGUCCUUCUAUUCAUUAAAUAUUCACUUCUACGGCAGAAAUCCCUCAAGUUGUUGUCAUGACCAUGCCAGACAAGGCUUGUGAACUGGUGAACAAAGAUGUGAAGAGAAUCUACUACAGCAAGGCGAUCAAAGAGAAGGUGAAUCACAUGACCUCAGACCUGAUCAAAUUUCACAUUGGCUGCGUUCUAUGCUGACUACAUUACAGACGCAUGCCAAAUCUCACAUUGCCUGGACAAGUGUUUAACAUGUCAGCUAACCAUAAAAUAUGAUGAGGCAAUCUGAUGCCCAACUGCACAGUUGAUGAUGUGGCACGCAACCAUUGGUUAAUGCAAUGCAAUAUCUGCAAUGUAGUCAGCCAUUAAAUCUUGGUUGUGCUGAAAUGAUCCAAUGAUCAUCACUCAAGCAAAACUGAUCCAGCCCUUUUUGUCUCCAACGUUUUUCAGAUGGAGAUCUGCAGUAAUGAGCUAGGCAUUCCCAUGAACUGCAUCCUGCCGGUGAAGAACUACCACGAGGAGGGGAUGCUGGAUAACGACAUGGAUAUCCUGAUACUCAACGCCAUGACUCAGAUUAUGAACUUUGCCAACGACUACCUCUGGAACCUCCAACAACAUGCAAUUCAUUAAGAGAUUAGUGAGCACUGCAGUUUAAGAUUGGAAUCAAGUUCCUAAUUUCUAUAUUGUUGACAUUGUAGUCGUAUUAUUUCACUUCCAUGUAGAGGCCUAAAUAUGUUAUCUGAGGCUCUGGGAGAACUAUGCAUCUCUGACUGAGUAUGCAUCUCUGCGUGACAAGAACAUCUUUAAAAUAAACUGAGCAUUGCUGUGCAUAUAUGCUACUUUUUAACAUUAACACCCAACAGUGUACAAUUGUGUUAGAUAAACUAGCAUCCUUCACCUGAAUUCUUUAGAUGACAAACUGAUUUUAAACCAUAAUUUGUUUUACUGAUAUUGCUGUCACAUUCAUUUGAUGUGACAUUAUUGUUGUAUCUUUUUUUUAGCUUUUCUGCUUAAGUUGACUUAAUUUCUUCUUAAUUUCCAG